UUGCACUGUGCUACACCAGAGAAUACAGAGAGGAUAGACACUGCAGACAGAUCCUGACCAGCACCCAAGGAACAACUGCACAGCUGUGGGAACACAUCCAGUCCUUCUGCAGCAUUGCUCAAUAUAGAGAAGAUUGGGCAGUGAAACUAUCAUCUGGAAAUCAGUUGAGUCAGAGAAGCUUUGACACAUCAUCAGAUCUGAAACUGGUCAGUGGUAUGGAGCCUUCCAUCAGAACUAACCUUUCUGAAGGUUCAGCUGUGGCUGAUCGGUCAGGGUGAGGCUGGGAAGAAGUGUGAGUGGCUCCAAGUGUGGUGAGAGCUUCAAUCAUUCACUUAGUCUCAUGAACCACUCCUACAGGGGAGAGACUGUUCAAAUGUGAGGGGUCUCCAUAGCUUAUCAAAGUUCAUGUGUUCAUGCAAGACCAGUUACAUGGAAGUGAAAUCAUUCACAUGCGAAGUGUGCAACAAGGGCCUUGCUCGAUUAGCAAGCUUAGUGAAUCACCGGCGCAUUCACACUGGGGAGAAACCGUUCACUUGUGAUGUCUGUGGCAAAUCCUUCAGACAGUUAUCAAACCUUCGCAUACACCAACGCAUUUACACUGGAGAAAAACCAUUCGCGUGCAAGGUGUGUGACAAAUCUUUUACUCUAUUUUCAUCACUCCGAGUGCACCAGCGCAUUCAUACAGGGGAGAAACCAGUGAAGUGUGAGGUUUGUGACAAAACCUUUACACAGUUAUCGGGCCUGUUGGUCCAUCAGACAGUUCACACUGGGGAGAAACCCUUCAAAUGUGAAGUUUGUGAUAAAGCUUUUGUGACAUCUUCAAGCCUCCUGACGCACCAGAGGUUUCACACAGGGGAGAAACCCUUCAGGUGUGAGGUUUGUGAGAUGGGUUUCACCCAGUCCUCCGAUCUCCUGAUACACAAGAGGAUUCACACCGGAGAGAAACCUUUCAAGUGCGAGUUGUGUGACCGAGCCUUUACACGGUCGACAAUGCUUGUGGAACACCAACGUGUUCAUACGGGUGAGAAACCAUUCACCUGUGAGGUGUGUAAUAAAUCAUUCUCACAGUCAUCAAACCUCCGUGUACACCAACGCAUUCACACUGGGGAGAAACCUUUCACGUGUGAGGUGUGUGACCAGGGUUUUGCACAGUUCUGGCGCUUGGUGAAUCAUCGUCGCAUUCACAGUGGGGAGAAACCGUUUACGUGUGCAGUAUGCUAUAAGUCUUUCUCGCUAUUACAGAACCUCCGUGUGCACCAACGUAUUCAUACUGGUGAAAAACCAUUCAUGUGUGAGGUUUGUGACAAAUCCUUCUCACAGUCAUCGUCCCUCCGUGCACACCAACGCACUCACACAGGGGAAAAACCAUUCACGUGCAAAGUGUGUGACAAAUCAUUCUCGCGCUCGUCACACUUUCGUGUACACCAACGCAUUCACACCGGGGAAAAGGAUUUCAAAUGUGAGGUGUGCAACAAAGCCUUCACAAACUCAUCGAGCCUUCUGGUCCAUCUGAGGAUUCACGCAGGAGAGUAACCUGUAUAGUUCACUGUUUACAACAGAUAUCUCCUGAAGAUUUUGACUCCUCCUAAACACCAGUGGAUGCAAUCAGAAGUGAAACAAAACUUUCACCCAAUCUUUUCUUGAAGCACCAGCACUUCUGAAGAAGAGUCACCCGAUUCCAAUCUCUAAGAUGCUGCCAGACUUGCUGAGUUUCUCCAGCAUUUUGUGUUUUGCUCUAGAUAUGCAGUAAACAAAACCAUUCAGAUGUCCAUUGUGUGACAUGGUUUUUGCACAGUCUGUAUAUCUCCUACAUCUUAAAUGUAUUCACAUGGGUGAGGAACUCCGUAGGGGAGAGACCUGUGAUAAUACCAUAGUUGGAGGACCUCCUGAAACAUCAAUGAAUUCACAUGAGAGACAGAUCUUUCAGUGUGACAUGUGUCAGGAUUGUUUCACCUCCUCCUCCUCACUCACCAGGCACCAACAUCACCAAAUUGACCUGGAGCAAGGUUACCUGCUCCUGUUGCACUUAGAGCUGUCUGUAUUGUUUACCCUCCACAGCCCGCACAAGGGGACCUGUUGAUCCAAAGCACUGUCUGUCUCAGCAGGGUCUGUCUCAAACCUCUCCCACCAUCAUUCCCAUUGUUUCAAGAAGGUCAAUUAUAGAAGCUUCUGUACAAACUCUGCAUCCUUUCAGUGCCGGAUUAAGUACAAGACUGUCAUGGACUCACACUCUGACCAAGAGGACAAGCAGAUACUCAGUAGUUUGAAAGGCUUCAGCUGCUGAUUGACCAGCACUAGGAUCCUGGGGAGUAGCCCUUGAUUUAGAUGUCCAAGAAAAUUCAUGCCAACUCUGCAAUUGCUUCGUGGGGAUAUGACUGUAACUGUCUUGAGUGGGAGAUCUGAAACAGAACUCUUCGAAUUCCAGACUGAUGUCAAGCAAGGUUGUGUGAUCAUGCCCCAUUCUAUUCACAAUCUGCCUGACAGUAAAUAUUGACUUCUUCAAAGAUCAGUUGCCUUCUGGUGUCAGUGCUAAACACUGUCUCGAUGGAAAACUUAUUUACCUCAGUCCCCUUCAUGCCAAAACUAAGCUGACCAUCAUAGAUUCACAUGAUCUCCAGUUUACAGAUCACCACAGUGUGGCUGUCCAUCAGCAAUCCCUCGAAUUUUCAUAUUGGCUGUGCUAGUUUCUGAGGUCCAUGUGCAGCAAUGUCUUCUGGAACCAGAGGUUAGUGUAGUGAUUGGCAUUGUUGAUGUUGAUUGGCAUUGUUGAUGUUGAUUGGCAUGCGCGGGAUGUCAGAGAUGGAGCAUUGAAAGGGAAUAGAGUUGUUCACUCUGCAAAAGAUUUUUAAUCUAUUCUCAGUCUGACUCUUCAUAAUAGAAACUUAGCCUGCCCUGGAAUGUUGCCAAAACAAAACUUGUAUCAGCCCACAUCUGGUCGAUCAAAUAUUUCAUUUCCCAUCUGUUUUGAAGGACUCUGAAAUCUUUUAAAUGCUUCUCGGACCUCAACAGACACCUCUCUCACUGACAGAGAAAUCUAGCACCCAUCAGCUAAGUUAGUUCAGCCUCCUACAAACAACAACACCAAGGGUGUGACUGCAGAAGAUCAAUUAAAGGACUCACCACCAUCUUCAUGGAAUGAAGAGGGAGGAGCAGAAAAUGUUGCUUGUCAUCAAUGCUCACGUCCUUCGGAAAAACUUUUUUUAUAAAAACCUCUGCAAGUAAACAAAAUGCCAACGAGCUGCUGCCACCGUGCUCCAGCACAGCAGUGAGAUUGGGACUGUGGGUCAGUGACACAUCAGAGCACAGUGAAAAUCCAUCAGCAAAGGACGGGUACAGAAAUCUUGGUGGGAGAUGAAGUUACAUGUGACAGAAACAAUUCAUUUUGGAGAAUGAGAAUUUUAAAGUGGAAGGACUGGGCGCCUGUGCAGGUACUUCUAUUAUUUACAGGAAGCACUGAGUGAAUGGCUCCCACUUCCAAAAUUCUCUGAUCUACUGGUUACAAGUUUACAGCAACUGAAGGGAAAUAAACUGAGUAUCUUCAGGCUUGAGGUGAUUUUCUUUAAUGCAGAACAGAAACAUCUCCUCUCUCGAGCUAUCGGGCAGCAAAUCUCCAUUCAUACACAACACCGCAGCUCUAGCUCGUGUACAACCUGGCUUUCCCCACUGUUUGAAU